AUGGGGGCGGGGCUGGCGGAAGGGGCGGGGCCUCGAGGGAAAAGUCGACGGAAGGGGCGGGGCCUCUCUGGUUGGAAUGGUGACACUCUGGAGCCAUGGAAAGUCAUCCAUAAAGAUGGCAGUGCCAGCGGAACCAUACCGCCUGAAGCUCUGGAUUGCAUCCAGCUACCAACUUAUCUGACUGACAAGCCCUUCUGUCUGCCCUUCCAGGACGUCUAUAAAGUUGAUGGAACUGGUACUGUCCCUGUGGAGACUGCUGUUCUCAACCCCCAGCACGGUGGUCACUUGGCUCCAGCCAGUGAUACAAAUGAAGUCCAGUCCCUUGGAAUGCACCAUGAAGCUUUGGGUGAAGCUCUUCCUGGGGAUUCCAUGGGCUUCAGUGUUGAGAUGGUAUCUAUCAAAGAUGUUUGCCAUGGCACCAUUCUUACUGGUGACAGUAAAUAUGACCUACCAGUGGAAGCAGCUGACUUCCUGACCAUCCUGAACCAUUCAGGACAAACCAGUGAUGCCACGCAUCUGUGCGUGGUUGCCACACAGCUCACAUUGCUUGCAGAUUUGUUGAACAGAGGAGUUUUGACUGCCGUUCUUAGAAGAAGCUAG